AUGCAUCCAGUCGAAAUGCAAAAAAGUGUUUCAGUGCAGGUAGAUAGUGAUUUUGCCCUAUUACUGCCCAGUGGUGCUUAUGAGAUAAAAAAGAUGGAGCCAAGAUCCAGGUUACGAAAAGUGAUACUGUUCUGUUUACUGCUCUCACUGUUUGGGAUGGUGGCGUUCGGAUACUUUUGUCCCGACCAGGUCUGUGCGUUAUCACCACGAGAGAGAGUAGCAGAAUCCUUGGCACUGACAUACGCGGAGGCUCCAGGGCGGCCGCUGCCGGAUGUGAUCUCACAGCCUGGUCUAUCAUAUGACGAGGUCCUUCACGACGACUUCCGGUUUGAUCUGAACGCUCAUGACGUCAUGGUCUUCUUGCAUAUACAGAAGACGGGAGGAACGUCUUUUGGAAGGCACCUGGUUAUGGAUCUAGAUUUGAAGAGGCCGUGCAACUGUCAGCGGGCUCGAAAACGCUGCCAUUGUUUUCGGCCUCACAGCAACGAAAUAUGGCUUUUUUCGAGAUACUCCACCGGCUGGAAAUGCGGUCUGCACGCUGAUUUUACAGAGUUGACAGCGUGUGUGGGCGGGGAGUUGGAUAGACACGAAGGUUCUGCUGUACAUCGGAGAUACUUCUACAUAACUCUCCUAAGAGAACCUGUUUCAAGGUAUUUGUCCGAGUUCCGUCACGUUAAGCGAGGGGCUACAUGGAAAGGGUCCAGACACUGGUGUCAGGGGCGGACCGCUACUGCUGCGGAAGUUCCGCCAUGCUAUACCGGGGAGUCCUGGCGCGGGGUUACUCUAGAAGAGUUCGCGUCGUGUUCCUGGAACCUGGCUAAUAAUAGGCAGACGCGGAUGUUAGCUGAUCUGGCGCUGGUAGGAUGUUACAACGGCACCCUAAGACAUCGAACAUCUGACACGGAUAGAGUACUAUUGGCAUCCGCGAAGAGAAACCUUGCUGCUAUGUCAUAUUUUGGACUUACGGAGUUUCAGAAGAUAUCCCAAUACGUCUUCGAGGAGACCUUCAACCUUCGUUUCGCGGUUCCCUUCACGCAGCACAACGCGACUGUCUCCGGAGCGACCCUGGCUGCUCUCACACCAGCCCAAGUGGAUCACAUCAAGCGACUCAACUCUCUCGACCUGGAAUUGUACGAGUUCGCCAAGAAUCUCAUGUUCAAACGUUUCGAAGCGUUGAAACACCGUGACAGUGACUUCGAGUACCGCUGGCGUCACUUGGGCGAGGUCGCCCGCAGCGGAGUCACCGAAUUUGAUUGGGAUAGCAACUUAGAAGACGCUACUACUGAGAAAUCUAGAGGUUUGGAUGACAUAUGA